AUGGCCGCCGCAGACGCUCCCGCCGACGACUUCCAGCUCCAGUUUGCCGACCUCAUCGACGGCGCUCUCGGCCUCUUCUCGCUCGACGACUCGACCGGCGUCGAGAACGACGUCGACAAGGUCCUUGUCGCAGAACAGCGCGUAAAGGAGUGGCGCGCCGAGACCAAGCACCGCGUCGACCAGGCCCGCGACGACCUGCGAGCCAUCACGCGCGAGUACAAGCAGGCCGAAGUCGCCUCGCAGCGCUCGGGCGCGCUCCCCUCGGUCGAGGCGCACGAGGCCAAGAUGACGGCCAUGCGCCAGGCGCGCCUCGGCGGCAUGAAGCACAACUCGGAGCUCGAGCAGCAGGUGUACCACCUCCAGGGCGAGCUCGAGCGCCUCCAGCAGGAGCUCAAGGACGAGGAGAGCGAGGCCGUCGACGCGCUCGAACUCGACAGCGAGGUGCUCCGCAUCAAGCUGUACCGCGACAUGGGCUUCCUCCCGAUCGAGGAGAACGGCGUCUUCUCCAAGGUCGUCGUCCGCUCGCAGAACAGCCGCGACGCGCGCACGGUGCAGCUCGACAAGGCGACGAGCGACUACCAGUGGAGCGAGCGCCUGUGGGAUCUCGCGUCGCAGUGA